UCCAAACCCCCCUAUCAGCAUCGCGCCCACAACACUAGCAGCCACGCACCCGCUCAAGACAAAAAAAGUCCCAAUCAUGCUGUCAUCCGCGUCCAAGCUCAACCCCCUCCGCUUCAUGGCCCUCUUUGCUCGCCGUUCCUCAUGCCGCCUGUGCGUCCGCUGAUGAGAAUGCGGGUCAAAAAACGGGUUCGAUCCGGUGUUUGUCCCGUACCCGAACCCCCCAAAGCCGUAUUUAUAAUAGGGAUCCUGACCGAAGCCCAUCCCGGGGUUGGAUUCAGGGCCGGUGGUGUUCUCCCAUCCUUGGUGGUCUUUUGCACUGGUGUCUUGUCUGGCAUGUGUUUUCCCCUCUGGCGAGCCCUGCUGGGCUGUUGAGCUCUCGUGGGCAGCGCGUCGUUUUGAGGCGUGAGCGCCCCACCCCCCUGACUUGUAGAAUGAAGGGGGGGGGCCUUGGAAGGUGGUUUUCCGACGGGAGGAUAGACCUGAGGGGGGGCGGCCGCCAGCUGGGUUGCUGGAGUGGUAGGAACCCGACUUUGGGGCGUGGGGAUGGUGCUGGUGGGCGUAGCGGGGGUUUGUGGCGCGGGAGCGGUCGUAUCUGGCGCGGUUUGCCGGGUGGGAGAGGAUGGUGUAGGCUUCCGAGAUGCGCAUGAAGCGGUGGGAGGAGGAGGGGUCGGAGGGGUUGUGGUCGGGGUGAUGGAGUUUGGAGAGGUGGAAGUAGCUUCUGAAGGGUACCGUUAACAACCAUUGGGAGGGGGGAUAUGGUACAUAAGGGAGGCGGACUUUUUGAUCUCGGCUGGGGAGGCGGAGGGGUGGACGUUUAGGGUCUCGUAAUGGUCGUGGGUUGAGUCGUCUGGGUUGUUGCUGCCGGCAGCGGCGCGAUCAUGGCGGGAGGAGUGAAAGGGUCGGCAUGGUUGGGGGUUGUUGACAAGAACAUGGUGAGGAGGGUUGGCGAUAUGGCGCGGGAUCGCGCUGCGCGGAGGAUGGUAGUAACGGAAUGGCAUUCCUCAUCCCGAUUGUUGAAGGGGCUGUUAUGUCGAAAAUUGGUGAUAUUGUCGGCCUCGUGUAAGUCGAGACGUUGGGAAAACGCUCCACCUUGAAUUGGCACCAAUGACGAAAUGGAUGCGCGAAAGAACGGAGACUGAGGUCCGAUUGUGGCUUGUCACGGCUGUCAAACCUGCAAAUUUGUGGCUCUUGCCCAGCAAACGCCGCACUUGCCCCGCGAUUGGUACCUAGCUGCACGCCCUGCCAAGCACAACGGAAAAAAAGAAGCGGGGCUUUUCUGACUUGCCAUCACUUUGUAUCAGGCUUUUGGCUUCCUUCAACUCUCUGAACUAUUUCACAUAGUUUGAAGCAUAAAAUCACAUAGUUGAAUCUCACAAUGGCAGCUCAAGCGCCGGUAGAUGAGAUCGCGCAGCUCAGCGUGAGCGAUGCGGCUACCACAAAGCCCAAGCCAGGUCUUGAUUCGGCUACCGCCACCAAUGGCAACCUGAACCGUGACAGCGAUGAUUCCGACGACGACGCGGAAAAUGCUGCCCCGGGCGCUGAGACGGGGCCCGCCAAGAAGAAGAAGAAGAGAAAGCCGAAGAAGAAGAAGAAGAACCCCACGGCCCAAUCCGACCCCCCGCGGGUUCUGAUCUCGCAGCUCUUUCCCGACAAGGUGUACCCCAAGGGCGAGGAGGUGGAAUAUGUGAACGAGAACAGAUAUCGCACCACCAACGAGGAGAAGCGCCACCUCGACAACCUCAAGAAUGACUUUUACAAUGACUACCGUCAUGCUGCUGAGGCCCACCGCCAGACUCGCCAGUGGGCACAAAAGAACAUCAAGCCUGGCUGGUCGCUGACUGACAUUGCCAACGGCAUUGAAGACAGCGUCCGUGCUCUUGUUGGUCACCAGGGUCUUGAGGAGGGUGAUGCUUUGAAGGCAGGUAUGGGUUUCCCUACUGGCCUCAGUCUCAACCACUGCGCUGCCCACUACAACCCCAACGCUGGAAACAAGAUGGUUCUCCAGCAGGAUGAUGUCUUGAAGGUCGAUAUCGGCGUGCACGUCAACGGCAACAUUGUCGACAGUGCCUUCACCUUGGCUUUCAACCCCCGUUAUGACCCUCUUCUCGAGGCUUGCAAGGCGGCCACCAACGAAGGUCUCAAGCAGGCUGGUAUUGAUGCCAGACUUGGCGAGAUUGGUGGGUACAUCCAGGAAGUCAUGGAGAGUUACGAGGUUGAGCUGGACGGCAACACGUACCAGGUCAAGCCGAUCCGCAACCUCAACGGACACACAAUCCUCCCAUACAACAUUCACGGAGGCAAGAGCGUGCCCAUUGUGAAGAGCAACGACCAGACCAAGAUGGAGGAGGGUGAUGUCUUCGCCAUCGAGACCUUCGGUAGCACUGGCAACGGCUACGUGCACGAGGAAGGUGAGGUCUCUCACUACGCAAAGAGAAUGGAUGCGCCCAAGGUGGACCUCCGUCUCAGCUCAGCCAAGUCUUUGUUGAACGUCAUCAACAAGAACUUUGGCACCCUGCCAUUCUGCAGACGUUACCUGGACCGCCUUGGCCAGGACAAGUACCUGCUUGGCUUGAACAGCCUCGUUGCCAACGGGGUUGUGGAGUCUUAUCCUCCUCUGGUGGACAAGAAGGGUUCAUACACAGCACAGUUUGAGCAUACCAUCUUGAUCCGACCUACCGUAAAGGAGGUCAUCAGCCGUGGAGAUGAUUACUAGAGGAGGUUUGAGCAUCGUUUGGUUGGUCUGACAGCAUGAAACCUGCCAGGCCAGGCCUGAUGCCACAGCAAAACAUGUGCAAAGUCUGAAAUGACCCUGCUAGCAAUACCAUUCACGGCCUUGAGUUUGAUCUUCUAAACAAACAAGUCUUUAGAAAUGCCAAGCAGUCUCAACACUAUGUGAAUUAUAGACUGGGAUUCCACGCAAAACUUUCC